CCACAGCACAGAGGCAAAUGCGGACUGCUUAGCUAGUGUGCUAGCAACAUACAUGUGGAGGGGAUCACAUCCCAAACUCUGCCCAAAUUCCCCUUUAGACUGCCAAAUACCGCCAACCGCCCCUGUAUCCCUUACAACAAACGUGUUUUCUUCAACAUGAAAGGUAGCCGGAUCGAGUUGGGGGACGUUACACCCCACAACAUUAAACAGUUGAAGCGUCUGAACCAAGUGAUCUUCCCUGUCAGCUACAAUGACAAGUUCUACAAAGAUGUUCUUGAAGUAGGAGAGCUCGCCAAGCUAGCGUAUUUCAACGACAUCGCCGUCGGUGCCGUGUGCUGUAGAGUGGAUCACUCUCAGAACCAGAAGCGACUCUACAUCAUGACCCUGGGUUGCCUAGCACCUUACCGCAGACUUGGCAUAGGAACAAAAAUGCUGAACCAUGUGUUGAACAUUUGUGAGAAGGAUGGCACUUUUGACAACAUUUACCUUCACGUGCAGAUCAGCAAUGAGUCUGCAAUUGACUUCUACCAGAAAUUUGGCUUUGAGAUCAUCGAGACAAAAAAGAACUAUUACAAGAGGAUAGAGCCAGCAGAUGCCCACGUUCUUCAGAAAAGCCUGCGCAGCCCAUGUGCGCCCCCAGCAGGAGAGCUGCAGAAAGCCGACUAGGGGUCGAAGCGCGACACCAGAUUGGUCUCUUCCCCCCAAAUGGAACUGUAACAGAUGCCCCAGGGUUGACACACUCACCACUUUCUUCAGAGGACAUUUUAGACAGAAAAAGUCAAUGACGUAUUUGCUGCAUUUAUUGUGCAAAAACUUUAGUCCCCCCUCAAUUGUUUAAUUUUUUUUUUUUUUUUUUUUUGCGUUUCAUCAUUUAGAGAGUUGAAAUUACACGGAGGUUUUCAAGCAGAAUCCAUAAGUGCUCCAAAAAGCUGCUGACUUCUUAUUGAUCUGACAUGGUGAAGGUUAUGUUUUUCAAAGCAUACUGUUUGCAUUUGUUUUCGAUUUGUUUAAGGUAAGGGGACAUAGCUUUGCUCGGACAAAACAAUAGAACUAAAGAGGUAAAGUCUUUUCAAAUGUGACUCGAUGCGCCCCAGCUGGCAACCUCGGAGGGGCACGUGGGAUCCGCAGACGUCCAUCACCCUGCCACCUGAGCCCUCGGACACACGGCAAGGGAAUCUACUGGUGGCUGAGACUUCCUGCUUCACCAUACAGGCAAUAUGCAAUGUUGGAACGUUGCAUGUGAUGCAACGUCUCCUUGUGAUGUCAGCCGCCUCAGUCUGAGUUGAGGCUAAACCAGUGAGGAAAUGGAGCGUAGAGCCCCCUCGAACAAGAGAGUGGUACAACCGUUUUAGUAAGGGGGAGGUUAAGGGGAGUAAACUCCACUUGUUUGUGAAUGUUUUGUUUUUCAGCCCAUUAUUUAAUAUCCCCAUCUUUUUCUUUUCUUUUUUUUAAUUUGUGGAUUGAGUCCGGGCUUUUCCUAGGGUUUGCAGUGAUGCUGCUGGUGAGACGUUAAGGCUUCAUAUAACAGGAAUGGCUUUCACAGGCCUUGACGGUUGCAUUGUUUACAGUGAAUGUGGUUCUAUAAUCAUUUUUAGUCCACCAGGACAGUGUUUUUGAUGUGAACGUUUCAUUUUCCUCCCUCACCUGAGUGUUUCUACAUUUGAAUCCUAGCUUCUCACUUGUUACUGCAGCAGAAAUAAAUUCUCCCACAGUGCAACAGUUACAUUUCAGUGAUGUUCACUGACCACCACCUAUUUCCCAUACACAAUGUGGGAGUGUUACAGGUUACUUUAUAGGACUUAAAGAACCAAAUCCCAGGAAAAGCCCCGACUCAGUGCAUGCAAGGGAGACAUGCCCUCUCCAUUGUAGUAAAAGCAUGUUUUUGUUCCUCCUUUCUUUGGAAAAUUUUAUCUUUUUCUGGAGCUCUAUAUUGUAUGACUUUUAAACCUCUAAAUAAAAAUUACUAUUUGCAUUA